AUGUAUCUUGAACUCCUAGAGCAUCUCAAGAUUGGUAAUAUUCAUGCUAUCGCCAAGAAAUCUGCUCAUGACUGUGCAAGCAAAUUAGUAGUUGAGCGGCUGCAAGAGGAGAUCCAAGAUCUUAAAACAAAAUUACAAAGGUCUCAAAAGUUGAACGCUGCUCAACAGCUCGAAAUCCAGCGGCUACAUUACUCAAAUUUGGAAUAUGUGGACCAACAUCAGAAGAUGAGUGAAGGUCAUCGAAAGGCUAAACUUCGGAUUCAACAGUUUUUGGAAAUGAUGAACAAUAUGAUUGAGUAG